AUGCUACGAGGUCCGUCAGGUUCUGGCAAGUCUUCGCUUAUCCGCUUGCUGGCCGAGCUUUUGGGCAAAGAGCUCGUGAUUGUCCCCAUGAGCCACCGCUCUACUGCCCAAAUGCUUCUGGGAGGCUUCGCUGCUGUCAUUGCUGGCGGACGCGCCGAGCAACUUGCACAGAUGCUGAACGACUUGUUGCUGAAAGCUAUGGACGAGAUGGGAUUCGGCAACGUCGCCGAAGCAGUGCGAGACGCGCAGUCUGCUUCAGGCGAUUUCUGCGACCACUUCACCCACUGGCUACGCAGCUCCUCCACCAGCCUUGCUGUUGAAUCUAACGAGUUGCAGAAGGAGUAUCGGCACGCACAACACCUGGGAAACAAUAUGACGCUGCUGUUCCAGGAGGGUCCCUUGAUAAGGGCGAUGAUGAAGGGUGCGUGGAUUGUGCUGGAGGACUUGAACUUGGCCCCUUCAGAGGUGGUCGAGAGGAUCAACCCCCUGGGCGAGGAGGAUGCCCACAUGCCCCUAACAGAGCUCGCGCUGGAUGAAAGCAGCAAGGCUUCUGCAAGGCCAGAAGAAGGCUUCUGCUGCUUUGUGACCGUUGAUCCUUCCCGCUCUGGGAGCCAUGAGUUUUCUGGAGCCUUUCUGAAUCGAUGCUUGGUACUUGAUGUACCGCCUGGGGAGCCCGAGGUGGGAUGUGCCUUGCUGCCCGGAUCCUCUAGCCGAGCCUUGCGCAUUGGCAAAGAGGCGGCUCGAAUCUGCUCGGAGCUGAAGAACAUGGCAAGGGCAUGCCAGGAGGACGCAGCCCUGCCACGUUACUGGAAGGACUCUCUGGUGCACGAGCGCUGGCAGAGGCUGUUGCAAUGCUUUGGCCCUGCCGCAGCGGGACUUCAGCCCCUCAGCACCAUUGCAGCUAUUUACGGGAUCUCCGGAGAGGCCGAGGACAAACUCUUGCUACCGCUUGUCGACCCAAUCCUCUAG